UGCAGAUGCAAAGACAACUUCACUGUUCAGAUCCCUGAGUCUUUACUAUGCUACUUCUCACGCUACUACAAUGCUCUCUUGCGCGGCUCCUUCUCAGAAGCUGGAAGUGAAAGCGUCACUCUGGAUCUCAGCGCACCCCAGGCAAAGGCAUUCGUGACUUGGAUGUAUUCUGGUCAACUUGCUGAGAGCAGCGACUAUCCAAUGUUGUUCGGAUUGUAUGUCUUCGCUGACAGGGUGGAUGUGCCGGCAAUGAAGAAGGAUAUCAUGACUUUCAUCCACAAACACAGUUAUCACAGAGGCAGUCCUGCUAUCGAGGAUGCAGUCAAGGCCUUUUCUUCUCUGCCAGAGAGUUGUGGUCUUGUGCGUUGGAUCCUCGAU